AUGAGGAAGAAGGCUAGGAUUGUUGUCGAUCCGUCCUCCCCCGCCUCUACCGCCUCCACCUCACGGCUCCUCCCAUUCCGGCGGCCGCCGCCCCCUCGCCCUCCCCCGCCCUCUGCCCCCUCGGCAGGCUCGGCCGCUUCCCCCUUCUUACUCGCACGCCGCAAGCCAUGGCAGCCGCGCCGGAUCCUCGACCCUGGGAGCGACGUCGUCCUGAAGUGGAACCACGUCUUCCUCGUGGCAUGCCUCGUGGCGCUCUUCCUCGACCCGCUCUACUUCUAUCUCCAGUCGAUAGGCGGGCCUGCCUGCAUUCGCAUUGAUCUGAACCUCGGUAUAGUCGUCACGUUCUUCCGGACUGUUGCCGAUCUGUUCUACUUGACCCACAUGAUCCUGAAAUUCCGGACGGCCUUCGUUGCGCCGAGUUCGAGGAUCUUUGGCAAAGGAGAGCUCGUCAGGGACACAAACCAGAUUGCCCUCCGUUAUCUGAAGUCGGAUUUUGCGAUCGAUCUUGUCGCUAUGCUUCCGAUCCCUCAGGCAAGGUUCCCCUCAUUCCCUAAUCACUGGAGUUUCUUCUUCUUCUUCUUCAACUGCGUAAAAUUUUCCUUAAUUUCUUAUUUCAUUCUGAUGAUAAUUUCAUCCAUGGGAAGAAAUAAAAGACAGAUUUGAUAUUCUAAAAGGAACCAACUAUUUUGUACUCUUUCUGCCUCGAUUGGCUCAACGUCUUGCUGCCAAUCACAAAAUAGUAACUAGCUGAGAAUAUCCCGCGACAGUAAUUCUACUGUAGUUUGAAAGUGCGAAGCUCUUUGGUGUGAGAAAAAAUUGUUCGCUUCAGAUUGAGCACGGUCUUUCCCUUCUUAGAGUACAUUUCUUUCCAUAGCUUUUAUGCGAUAUUUUGUUGUCAACUCAAUCCAUUGGCCAACAGACGUCGCCUUGGCAUGGUAAAUGUGUACUUUAGUUUGAGUCUUGAGGAGGACACUAAAUGACUUCAUUAGGAUGUUAUCAUAUGAAAGCAUUGAAGAACAAAGGAAAGGAGGAAUAAAAAUGGGGAAAGAGCAAACGUGUAUAAGCCUUUCGCGUGCUUCUAAAUUAUCUCUUUGGAAAAAUUAUGAAGGAGACUUGAAUUUCCGCAACUAGCUUUGAGUGUUUAUAUUGUACAUACAAGUGGGACCAUUCAAGUAGGUGAUACUGUUAAAGUCGAAUUCUCGUAUGAAAAUGUUCACUCCGCUGAUUGCUAUUGUUUUCAAAAAUGUUACCUUUCUGUGAAAUUUUUAAAUGGUCAAAUGAACCUAUUUUAUUAGAAGAAAAGAAGGUAGGAUUUAUAUGCAAAUCAUAUUUAUUUGGGAACGAAGGCAAAUCUACUUGUCUCUAUGUUUUAUAUUAAGAGAAAAUUCAUCUGGAAUGAAUUCCAUUUAAUCAUAUUCAUAAAGAAUUCGCAUAUAAUUUGAAAAAGAUCUUGUGAUGAAUCCUUAGACACUAUAGGCUAUCAAUGCCCUAAGUGAAAAUGAUGUGCUACCAUUAAUAAAUGGUUUAUCCAAAGGCAGACAAUUGAUACGGUUAGAGAAAUCUUAAUUUUCUGAGAUAAGUGGAAAAGACACUGGCGUAUCCUUGGUCAGUAUUGUUUAUAAUAAAAACCGGGAAGACCUAUAUAUGUAAUGGCAGUAGAUUGAAACUGGGUAGCCUAUAUAUUUGUUGUUCUGUAUUAUAUCUUUAGUGUGUGUAUGCUUGGUGUCGAGCACUACUUUCUAGGAGUCAUCUAGUGUCUAGGUCACCUUGGUGAGCAGCUUAAUAAGAUUCUUGUUUGGUCCCACCCUGUAGGCAGUUUGCGCCUACAUUGCUCUCCAAGUUAUCAGGAUUGUGAACAAACGGUUUGCAUGAGGAUAACAAACAGAAAAAAAACCACUUCUGUCCAAUCUGAAACGCAAGAAUUGUACUUUUCUUAUAAGUGCAUUCGCAUUUGGCCGAAUGUGAAUGACUGGUUCCCUCUCUAUCAGACUCUACAUUUUGUGUUCAGAUAAACUGCCUCUGAUUUUUGGCUCUCCUUGAUUCUUCCUGAAUGACAGUCUGGGAGGGGAAAGAGUGGAAUUUAGUGUUGCACGAGGUAGUCCGGUAGGGAAAGGAGAAGCAUGCACCAGCAGUCUAAUAGGAGCAAUGGGACUCAAGCAGUCUACUCACAUGCUUCAUUUUAAACGUACCUUUUCAAUCAGUCAUCGCCCAAUGGACUUGCAUCUUGUACAGACAGAAAGGCAUUAGACAAUUCCAUGAUGGCUUUGAGAUCCAUGGUCUCCGUUCUGCAGCUAAAAUAUGAUACAUCUCAUAAUUUCUUCGCUGUUAAUGUCUACACAUGAAUCUUGGGUUUCCCCUGCAAGUGCUGGAGUCAAUCCUAGUGCUUGGACAUAGACUAGGCAACAUCAGAAGUUAGCUCUGCUACCAUCAGAUUUUUUUUAUUCGGAAGGCCCUAAAUCUGGGACGUAAGGGUUCUUGUUUCACCACAAUCCAAGCAUAGGUAUGUACAACUGCGUUGAUGACACAAGACACAUGAGCUGCGAUGACUGUAGCUCGAGAAGGAAUAAAAACAAAACCUAGUUCAUGCGCUGUUGCAUCCAUGGUGCUUAAUGGUUACAACAUUGGCUGGCAAAUUGAGUAGGUUCGAUUCCUGCUGGAUGUACUUAGAACGUUCAAUAAUCGUCGUUCGUAAACUCACUCGCUUUAGUUUGCUCGGUAUGAGUUGGUUGUGUUACUGAUUCCUCAAAAUUAGGAACCGUCCCAUGAUUGUGACCACUAUUGUGUUGCCUAUGUCAUUUUGCUUUUUCUACAAGGGACUUAUUCCCUCGUCUUCAAAGCUGUCCUGCAACGAUUGUCUUUAUUGUGGGUGGCCUGUGUGAAAUUUUUUUCCUUAAAAAGCUGUCUUACUGCCAUGUUACCCUAUUACUUUAGGCACCCAAAAUUAGAAGAAUGUGGAAAUGAUUUCUGAGAGAAAUUUGAUUCAAUAUCUACUUCGGAGCCAUGCCAAAGGGAUAUUUACUCGACUGCUGUCUCUUCCCUUUUUUUUCUGUGACACACUUUGUUGUUCUUUGCAGUACAAAAUUCAUGCCAACUUUUUUGCCUUUUUCCUUAAAAUUUGAAAACUGUAGAAUACCUUCCAAUUGGGAGGUGCUGAAGAAUGCUCAUCAUUGAGGAUAUUCACUCUUUAAAAGUAGACUGGAUGGCUGGACUGUUGGAAGAACUUCUAAACUGGAAUGUUGGAAUAAAAUUUUUAAUGAACCUUUACCCCCUGUCAUUAGAUUCUUAGCGUAAACAUGAACCUUUUGCUCUUAACGACUGCCCAAAAAUGAAUAUUCCUGUUUAAUGACACCACCAUCUAGGUUUAGACUAUUCUUCCUAACAUUGUGAUUGCCAUCCAAUGCGUUCUUGUUUACAUUCUGAAAACCUGCACAGUUUAUUUACAUUCCUAAAAGAAGGGUUAUUUUCAGCAUAAUGAAGUAAGAGUGUGAGCUUUUUAUCUCAUUAUUGUUCCAAAUCUAUUGUUCAAAGAUUUUUCGAUUUGUUGGAAUCUGAGCAGCCAUCAUGCAAGAGAACAAUUCUUGAAAUAAUAAUGGAGAAAGGAUUCAUACUUAAUGGAGUUUCAUGAUUUUCAUGACUAGUUUAUUUUUUUUGGAAAAUCUAAAUUUACUUCAUUAGUGUUUUGAUUUACUUUUUAUGUAUGUUGAUUAUCCAUUGGGAGUGAAUUAUCUUCCAUUUUAGGAACUCUGAAUACUAGACACUCUUUCUUAUAGAAGAUUCUUCUUUGUAAAUAUUUUGACUUUUCCCUAUGUGCUCUUAUUUGAUUUUGAUUAGUUUACCUGAGCGCAUUAUUCCAUUCAUCAUUUCAAAUGAUGAUAGAACGAGAUUCUUGUUUUCUUUUUUUUUUCAUACCUGCAUUCUUGUCCUUUUUUCUCUCCAAUGAAGUUCAUUUCCUGAAUUCGGCUUUCAGAACGUUGCAUUGAUACUUUUCGUCUUGUGGUGGGGAGUCUUUCAUAACGAUACUUCAUCAGAUUGACCAAAUCCUCAUAUUAUAGACACAAAAAUGUGUUUAACAAUAUUAUGCUGACUACUACUCUUUCCCUGAGAUAAUGCUAUUACUGCUUAGGAUCUUUGAAAGUACUCGCUGAGGUCUUUACAGAUUGUUUAUAUGUUCUUCGUAUGUUGGAUCUUUUGCAGUAAUGUCCUUAGUAAUUCAUUUAACGCGAAUUUCUCACCGUGGCUUCAGUAACAACUGUUACAUAGGUAGUGUAAGACCGUUAAAAGCUUCAAGAUUGUGCACCAGAAAAUAUUACGGUGAUCUCAAAUUAUUCGUUUCUUCUGUUCUGCAGAUCAUUGUUUGGGGUAUUAUACCAGCUGUGAACGACUCCAAGGCCCACACAAACAAUACCCUUGCUUUGAUUGUGCUCAUCCAAUAUGUCCCUAGACUAUUCCUUAUUUUCCCUUUGAAUGCGAGGAUUGUAAAAGCAAAUGGGGUUGUUGCAAAGACUGCGUGGGCUGGAGCUGCAUACAAUCUCCUACUCUAUAUGUUGGCUAGUCAUGUAUGCUCUUCAUUAUCUAAAUAUUUUUCUUUCAGGGUUCAACUCAAAGCUAUUAUUUGAAGGUUUGCUUAGAAUAUUUUGUGCAUAGAUUAUGAUCAUUACAUUUUCUUUUACAGGUUCUUGGAGCCUUGUGGUACCUCUUGUCCAUGGAGAGACAAACUUCCUGCUGGUUAACUGAGUGCAGGAAGGAAGAUGGAACCUUUGGCAGACCUUUUUGCAAUCCUGUUUUCUUUGAUUGUAGUACAGUUGAGCAAUCUGAUCGAAAGACAUGGUUGAACAGCAGUCUAGUGAUUACCAAAUGUGACGCUGCCAAUGGCCCUAUGAAAUUUAACUUCGGAAUGUUUGCAGAUGCUUUUAUUAAUGAGGUUGUGUCGUCACCAUUCCUUGAGAAGUAUCUUUACUGUCUUUGGUGGGGUUUGAAGAACUUGAGGUAUGUAAUCAAGACAAUAUCUUAGUUUUGUAGUGUUUUUGGAUAUGUUCAGUUGAUUAAAUUGGUACGUCUUUCUGCAUCGAUACAUUGUCAUUGUUGGCUUGGAAUAUAUGAUUUACAUGCUCGCAACAAAUUUUGGAUUUAUGAAGAAGAUUUCGUGAAAACGUUGUCCGUAAAAAUGUGUUCCUUCUUGUAGGCAAAAUUGGAAAUUAUUGGACAAAAUCAUGCCUUUUGGGGAUCAUGUGAUAGAGACUGCUAAAUUUGACCCACAUUGAUUUAAUAUGUACUCUUUUUAUAGGUUUCAUUACUUUGUGCUUUUCAACAGAGGUUCAAUUCCACCUUUUGUUCUGCGUCUGAGUGUUCACCUCAUAGUUUAUUCCAGUGUUAUGGAGGAACGAGCAUUUGUCAUUUUUCACAAGAUUAUAUAAAAGUACGAUUCAUUGAAAGCAAGGGAAGUUGCAUAUUGGGCAGAAUUUUGUGCAGCUUGACAAUCCCUUUUAGAAAAAUGUAAUAGAAUGACACAACCACAACUGUAACAGCGUGAAGACAGGAGCAACAUGGCUAGUUGCUCUAGACUUCAGCCUGGCCUAGUGUAUGAGUUAAGUCAUCUAUUAUGUUAUCUUUCGCACCCAAUGUAGAGUAAGUUUUGGUUAUUUUGUCCGAGCUCAUAUUGUUGUGAACUGGCACCUGCCAUUUAAAAUUUCUAAGAGAACUGCAGAAAGGAGAUGGUAUGGUAGUAGUAGUAUGUUUCGAACCUUUAUUUACGUUUAGUGGUCCUUUGGUUUAUUAUUGGGCAUAUUGGGUUUUUCUCAAUGUCAGCAAGCGGAUUAUUAUGAGUUACACGUAAUUGGAUGCAAUGCGUCUCUUACUUUGCCUUAAAUGAAAGAAGCCAUUCUUUCUCAGAAAGGAAGUAAAUUUUGGUUUGGAAGUUUACUAGUGAAGAACGAUUUGGAUUAUUAUUAUGAAUAAAAAAUAAUUUUCUUCUAUUGUAGUGCUUUCAUUCUAUUUCUGCAACUUUUUACAAAUACGUUCUUACCCUGGUUCUAGCCUCAAUAGACUCAUAUUUGUUUCCUUUCUUUUGUUCUCACAUUGAUGUGUCUCCAUUAUUUUCCCCCUUGAGUACUCCUCAACCCUACUCUAUAGAAAAUUAGAGAUAAUCUUGCUUCCUAUGAGCUGACACCAAUGAGAAUGAGCUAGAAGAGAAAUAAAGUGCAGACAUAAUUUUACUAGCACCCAUAGGGUUCCACUACAAGCAACAGAGAGUUACAUGGUGCCACACCCUCGUCAGCUGCCUAAAAAUUCACUUAUUUUACAUGAUCUUACUCUAUUUUAAAGCGAAAGUUAGGCCUCAUAACUCAACAUGUCCUUUAUCAGUGAUAAAUGUUGGUAUAAAAACGUAAACUUAUCGACUAGUGUAAUCAUUACAACAUGAAACUUUAAUAAGCCAUGCACUAGUUUGACUAUUUGCUCCUCUAUUCAUCAGCUUGCCUUACUCAUUGCCCUUGUGCACCUUUCAUUCUUUACAUUCAACAGUUCCUAUAUACCGUAUCACAUUUAUACUACUAUCUCUUUGUCAUUUCUGCCUUCCUUGCAUUAGAAUGUCAGAAGGUAGUGAACUAAGAUCUAGCCUCUUCACAUGAAUCGUUAAUGUCAGCGCCCCAUGUCUGCAGGGGCUUCACAUUAAGGAUUGCUGGUUUAGAUAUUUUUGUCAUUUCAAGUAGUUAGAGGGAAGAGUCAUUGUAGAGAUCUUAUGAUAAGGACCUUUAAAAUUUAGGUCUUCUUUUUUCUCCUCUCUUUCUUCUUUGUCAUGCUCAAUUUCAUACUCUGACCAAAGAGGAACCAAAAAUCUCGAAUAUAAGUCAACAGAUGAUGGUUCGUGCUUCACAUCCAUGGUGAUUUUUCUUAUGCGCGCAUGCCAUCUAACUGUCACACUGUGCAUGGUUGCAAGCCUGGUCUAUUCACAUUCUCGAAGGGGCAGUUGUCUUCUCAUCCCUUCUGAUCAACUCCACACAUCUAUGUCGGGACAGAUGACUAGUGCUGGUAUGAGCAAUUUGAGCCACUGAGAGAUGAACUUUGUUUCACUUUAUUCUAUCUCAGCUGUGGAUCCAAGCAGUAGUGAUGUUGGUCAUUCUGGCUCCUUUGGCAAGCUCUUUCAGUGUAUUAAUUAAUGAUGGGCAAAAUGGGUUUGAGGGGUGGGGUCACUGAUAGUUUUAAGAGUUUACUUUAGGUGACAGAAGAGGUGCGGCAUCUUUCCCCUCUUCUAUUCUGGAAAGGGUAAUAUGAGGUAGACAGGUGUCAGAGUACCGUUUAGUGUUGAAAGGCCCUAGCUUUUUUGAACCUCUGGGAUGGAUCAGGAUUUUUUCUUGAAUAAGAUUGGAAGGCAUAAUUUCAGUUGAUACGAUCAGAAUCAGCCGAUUCAAUAACUCCAUCUAGAUAGGUGAUAUCCCUCAAGCUCCAGUAUGUCGUUCUAGUAAGUAGAUCUUGCAUGACAUUCCCCCAUAAAAUUAUCAUUCUGGGAAAUAACUUAGCAUGAACACCAAUAAGUUGAAUUUAUGAGACAGUCUGGUUCCUAGAUUACUGAUGAUAGUGCUUGCUUGGGAUUUUAUCAUUUUGGUAAUAUAUCUAACCCAACUUUUAAUUUUAUUCCUAGGCAACAAACUUCCUGUAAAAUGUUUGGCGAAUAUUUUUUCUUCUCCGUUCCGUUCUGCAAAUGAUAUGCAUUGGAGCUGCUCAUUUAAUUGUUUGCAAGUACGUUGCGAUGGUGGAAGGAUUCAUCCAGUCUUAAGAUCAUUAUAACUGACCCUGUUUCCUCUUCCACAGUUCAUAUGGACAAGGAAUUGUAACGAGCACCUACGCUGGUGAAACAUCAUUUUGCAUUCUUAUAUGCAUUGUGGGACUCAUUCUAUUCUCCCAGUUGAUUGGUAAUAUGCAGGUAUAAGUUACACUCUUGAUUUUUCUUAGAUUAUCGUGUGCUCAAUCAUAGAUCCUAGGAAUAGUGUGCUAUUUUUACAAUUUUUUGCAUUCAUGAACAAAAUAUUUUCGUAAAAUGUUAAUGAUGCACAGUAAACUUGCAAACCCAAACAAAAAAAAAACAUUCAUCACAGAAUUUAUCUUGGUUCCUUGUGGACUCGUACAUUUGUAAAUAUGAGAUUCACCUGCCUGAACUUUUAUGGGUUUUUCCGAUAUAAAUGGGUGAUUCACCUUAAGAAUGAUGCAUCUCUAACCAUGUUACUCGCAUAAAGAUUAAAUAAUAGAUGAACAAUAUCCUGUAUUUUAAUGACAUUCCAUGCCUUACACGGUCAAAUGGUCAGUUAUGGACAAUAUGCAGAGAAGAUGAUAUACCAACCUGCUGCUCUAUGGUUGGUAUAUCAUUUCUUACUUUUGUCGAGAAAUUCUUGUGUAUCACAAAGGACUUCACUCCUUGCCUUUCGAAUCUUAUUGAAUUCCAAACUCAGAAUAACUUUCAGCCAUGUUUGCCCUACGCUGAUCUCUGAAAAUUCACUAGCCCAGGGUCACUUCUUUCACUAAUGUUGUAUAUAGUGGCAGUGCUUAAUCUAGGACUGUGCCCACGUUAGGGCUUGUUUUAUAAACGUUUCAGACACCUAUUUUAAGCUCUUCAAGCCUAUGAACCAGUACCAGAAUCUUUGAAAGUUUUUAUACGAUUUAAACUUAGCUGCUUGAAAUAUAUCUUGUAUCCCACUUCUCCGGAAGACUGAGGUAAGAUAGAUACCGAGACCAGGAUCCAACCUAUCAAGGGCAAGAUAUAAUUUGUUCUAAGCUGAGAGCAGAGGGAGAAAAAUAUGGGUUUUGUUUAUCAAUCUUCUUGGGUGAAUUAACAUUCUGUACAGCUUUUCUGUUCUUGACAAUUUAAUGAUUUAUUCAAUCAUAGCCGUGAAUUAUCUAAGCACUUUUUGCUUUGGCAAGACAUACCUGCAAUCAGUAACUGUGAGACUUGAAGAAUGGCGAGUCAAAAGGAGAGACACUGAGGAGUGGAUGAGGCACCGCAAACUCCCUCCAGAUCUGCAGGAGCGCGUUCACCGGUUUGUUCAGUACAAAUGGCUUGCUACUAGAGGUGUUGACGAAGAAUCUAUCCUUCGGUCCUUGCCAUUGGAUCUUCGUCGGGAUAUUCAGCGGCACCUUUGCUUAGAUCUUGUUCGUCGUGUAAGUAUCCUGUCCUUGUAGAACGUUUUUCUACAUUCGCCUUUGACCAGCAUGCCUUGGAGCAGAUCAAUAUUUGCAGGAUGAUCACACAUCAUCUGCAGGAAAGAUCAUGAACAACCCACAACUCGCCACACUUAACAAUCCCUAUUCUCCAUAGAAGAUUUUAGACAGAUUACUACUCGGCGAGGGAUUUCCGAUCUUCUAGGCUGCCAUUUUUUUCCUUUCCACUCAAUGACACAUUCUAGUUCUUCUUCCUCCUGCUGCUUACUGUUAGAAGUGAAUUAGUAUCUGAAAAUUAAAGCGCAUUUGGCUUAUACCAAGCUGGAAGAUUCGUCUUCCUCUUGCUGCUUACUGUUACAAGUGAAUCAAUCAUUUAUCUAUCAAAACACAUUCAUCGAAUAUCAUCAACCUGAUUGAAAAAAAUGGUCAGCUAAAUGAAUGAAAACGGUGAAAACCCACCCUCUUACAAGAUCAUGAUGCUCCUCCUCCUGCAGGUCCCCUUCUUCUCUCAGAUGGACGCGCAGCUCCUCGACGCCAUCUGCGAGCGCCUGGUCUCCUGCCUGAGCACGCAGGGGACGUUUAUCGUCCGCGAGGGCGACCCAGUGAACGAGAUGCUCUUCGUGAUCAGAGGCCGAUUGGAGAGCUCCACGACCAACGGUGGCCGGAGCGGCUUCUUCAACUCCAUCACUCUCCGUCCCGGAGACUUCUGCGGAGAAGAGCUCCUCACCUGGGCCCUGAUGCCCAACCCCAGCUUGAACCUGCCCUCCUCGACCCGCACGGUGAGGGCCCUCGAGGAGGUGGAGGCCUUCGCGCUCCGCGCAGAGGACCUCAAAUUCGUCGCCAACCAGUUCAAGCGCCUGCACAGCAAGAAGCUCCAGCACGCCUUUCGCUUCUACUCACACAACUGGAGGACUUGGGGCGCCUGCUUCAUCCAGGCCGCCUGGAGGCGCUUCAAGAGGAGGAAGAUGGCCAGGGAGUUGGCCAGGAUGGAGGGGGGCUUGGGCUUCUUCCAGGCCCCCACCUUGCUGGACCCUGCUGGUCAGAUGAUCCAAAAGAGCGAAGAGCACGAAGAGAAUCCAAACUUUCAGCAGCUAGGCGCCACCAUAUUGGCUUCCAAGUUCGCCAAGAACACAAAGAGGGGGGCGAACCAGAAGAUGAUGGGCGGUGGCGACGAUCUUUCUGCUGUCAGCUUGAAGAUGCCCAAGCUUUUGAAGCCUGAAGAGCCCGACUUUUCAGUAAAACUCGGUGAUGAUGAUGACGAUGAUGGCGACGGUGAGAAGUGA